AUGUUUCAUCGACGUCGCCCGGCUACCACAACCACCCGCACCACAAAGCCUACGCUGAUGACCAGACUUAAGGGGCGAAACGCGAACUCGCGCUCCGUCAAAACCAUAACGACAACGAAGCAGAACCCCAUGCAAGGCCAUCAUCACACUGGCCAUACUGGCCGGACUGGUCCUACUGGUCGUACUGGUCCUACUGGGAGUCGUUUUGGUCAUCGAAACGCCUAUGGAAAAUCUACCCAUACUCGCCAUCAGCGCAAACCCUCACUUGGCGACAAGGUCUCCGGCGCUAUGUUGAAGCUGAAGGGAAGCUUGACGCAUCGCCCCGCAGUCAAGGCUGCUGGAACCCGCCGCAUGCAUGGCACUGAUGGACGUGGAAGCCACGCACGACGUGUCUACUGA